AUGUCCUCUGCAGCCGUCAAGCGCGCCCAGCGUGAACUUAGCGAGCUCCGCGCCAACCCCCUCACGAAUAUUGACAUCGAGAUCGAGGGCGACAACCUUCUCUUGUGGAACGUGACCAUGGCUGGGCCACCCGGGCCAUACUCUGGUGGCAAGUUCAGACUGAGCGUCAAGUUUGGAUACGAGUUCCCGUUCAAGGCACCGACGCUCAAGUUCGUCACAAAGAUGUACCACCCGAACAUCGAUAGCGAUGGCAACAUCUGCAUCGGUGUCCUCAAGGCCGAGACAUGGAAGCCUUCGACAAAGAUGGCGUCUGUUCUGCUCUCACUGUACGAUCUCCUUGAGAACCCAAACCCGGAGGACCCGCUUGUUACCUCCAUUGCGGAGCAGUACGUCACCAACCGGCCCGCCUUCGACAAGAAGGCUGCCGAGUACACCAAGAUGUAUGCCGUGUAGACUGCUCGCCUGAGCUGGUUCCCCGGCCAGCCAUAUACCUCGGGGUCACAUGCAUACCUCAGUUAGCCCUCAUGCCGCGAUCAGCUGAGCGCACAUGUGAUAAACCGAUGCCGUUUUGUGAGUUCGUGUGCAUGUCACCUGUUUGAGCUUGGGCAUUCUUCAACACUGCCUCGCGCACCCACCACACCCCUCUGUCUCCUGCCUCUUUGCAUCAACUUCCCCGCCGCUAUUUCCCUUUUCAUCACCACUUACUCGGACCAUGCGCCCUCCGGUCUCCGACCCCUGCCAACAUCGGUGAACCCAACACAAAUGCUCAACUGGUUGGCCGACACGUCUCUUCAACCCUCCACUGAUUCAGUCCAGAUCUACUGACGCAGCCUUGAUGACUUACCAGCACGCUUUCGUUUUAGUCUGAGAGCACGUUCAAACGCGUCCUUCCACCAACCCGUCGGCAGUUUAAUUGCUGUGUCUCCAUGCCAAGCAAAUUACAUCAUU